ACAUGACCCGCCCCCCCGAGGAGGUCAUGUGAUUGGUCAUGCGGAAGUAAACAGGAAUUUAAGAAGACACUCGGUGAUAUGCAGUAAAACCUUUAUAGGACUGUGUGACAAACAUCGUCGCGAUGGUAGAUUUCCUCGCCGAGAACAACCUGUGUGGUCAGGCGGUCCUGAGGAUAGUGUCCCGGGGGAACGCGAUCAUCGCAGAGCUCCUGCGCCUCUCAGAAUUCAUCCCCACAGUCUUCAGGCUCAGAGACAAGAACGACCAGCAGAAAUAUGGAGACAUCAUCUGUGACUUCAGCUACUUCAAGGGUCCGGAGUACUAUGAGGGGAAACUUGAAGCCAAACCAGAACUUCAAGACCUUGAUGAAGAAUUCAGAGAGAACAACAUUGAGAUCCUGACACGUUUCUAUCUGGCGUUUGAAAGUGUCCAUAAAUAUAUAAUGGACCUUAAGAGAUACCUGGAUGAUCUGCACGAGGGGGUUUACAUUCAGCAGACCCUGGAGACGGUCAUCAUCAAUGAGGAUGGGAAACAAUUACUAUGCGAGGCCUUGUACCUGUACGGAGUGAUGCUAACGGUAAUCGAUCAGAAGAUCGAAGGCGAGGUCAGGGAGAGGAUGCUGGUGUCCUACUACAGAUACAGUGCGGCGCGCUCGUCGGCGGACUCUAACCUGGACGACAUCUGCAAGCUGCUGCGGAGCACGGGCUACUCCAGCCAGCCGGGGGCCAAGCGGCCCCCCGGCUACCCCGAGAGCUACUUCCAGAGGGUGCCCGUCAGCCAGACCUUCGUCAGCAUGGUCAUCGGCCGACUGCGCUCCGACGACAUCUACAACCAGGUGUCAGCCUACCCCUUGCCAGAGCACCGCAGCACAGCGUUGGCCAACCAGGCCUCCAUGCUGUACGUGUGCCUCUACUUCACCCCCAGCAUCCUGCAAACCCAGCAGGCCAAGAUGAGGGAGAUUGUGGACAAGUACUUCCCUGACAACUGGGUGAUCAGUAUCUACAUGGGGAUCACAGUGAAUCUGGUCGAGGCCUGGGAGCCAUACAAGGCUGCCAAAACAGCCCUGAACUACACCCUGGACACGGCUAACAUCAAGGAGCAGGCGUGUCGCUACGCCGAGGGGAUGGAGAUCCUGAAGCCCAAGGUGCAGCAGCUGCUGAAGGAGGGCUUCCUGCGCGAGGAGAUCAUCCUGGAUAACAUCCCCAAGCUGCUCAACUGUCUGAGGGACUGCAACGUCGCCAUCCGCUGGCUGAUGCUACACACUGCAGAGUCUGCCUACGACGUGAACAACAAGCGUCUCCGUCAGAUCAAGGACCAGGUGAUGACGGACUCCAAGUACAAGCCCCGCAUGCUCUUCCAGCUGCUGCUGGACACGGCCCAGUUUGAGUUCACCCUCAAAGAGAUGUUCAAGCAGAUGCUGCUGGAGAAGCAGAUCAAAUGGGAGAGCUACAAGAAGGAGGGGUCUGAGAGGAUGACGGAGCUGGCGGAGGUGUUCUCUGGGGUCAAGCCCCUCACGCGGGUGGAGAAGAACGAGAACCUCCAGGCCUGGUUCAGGGAGAUCUCCAAGCAGAUAGAGUCCCUGAACUACGAGGACUCGACAGCCGCGGGCAGGAAGACGGUCCAGCUCAUCCAGGCUCUGGUGGAGGUCCAGGAGUUCCACCAGCUGGAGUCCAACCUGCAGGUGUGCCAGUUCCUGGCCGACACCAGGAAGUUCCUCCACCAGAUGAUCCGCACCAUCAACAUCAAGGAGGAGGUGCUGAUCACCAUGCAGAUCGUAGGAGACCUGUCCUACGCCUGGCAGAUCAUCGACAGCUUCACCAGCAUCAUGCAGGAGAGUAUCAGGGUCAACCCGUCCAUGGUGACCAAGCUGAGAGCCACCUUCUUAAAGCUGGCCUCCGCCCUGGACCUGCCGCUGCUCCGGAUCAACCAGGCCAACAGCCCGGACCUCCUCAGCGUGUCUCAGUUCUACUCCGGGGAGCUCGUGGCUUACGUUAGAAAGGUGCUUCAGAUCAUCCCAGACAGCAUGUUCACGUCGCUGGCCAAGAUCAUCAAGCUGCAGAUCCACGACAUCACAGAGGUGCCCACGCGCCUGGACAAGGACAAGCUGAAGGACUAUUCCCAGCUGGUGCCGCGAUACGAGGUGGCCAAACUCACCCAUGCCAUCUCCAUCUUCACCGAGGGGAUUCUGAUGAUGAAGACCACCCUGGUGGGGAUCAUCAAGGUGGACCCCAAGCAGCUGUUGGAGGACGGUAUCAGGAAGGAGCUGGUGAGGAGAGUGGCGUACGCCCUCCAUAAGGGGCUCAUCUUCAACCCCAAGGCCAAGGCCAGCGAGCUGAUGCCCAAGCUGAAGGAGAUGGCCGCCACCAUGGACGGCUUCUACCGCUCCUUUGAGUACAUCCAGGACUACGUCAGCAUCUACGGCCUCAAGAUCUGGCAGGAGGAGGUGUCGCGCAUCAUCAACUACAACGUGGAGCAGGAGUGCAACAGCUUCCUCAGGACCAAGAUCCAGGACUGGCAGAGCGUGUACCAGUCCACCCACAUCCCCAUCCCCAAGUUCCCCUCGGUGGACGAGUCGGCCACCUUCAUCGGCCGGCUCUGCAGAGAGGUCCUGCGCAUCACCGACCCAAAGGCGACGUGCUUCAUGGACCAGCUCAACACCUGGUACGACCUGAAGAGCCACCAGGAGGUGACCAGCAACCGGCUGUUCUCGGAGAUCCAGGACACGCUGGGCACCUUCGGCCUCAACGGGCUGGACCGCCUGCUCUGCUUCAUGAUUGUCAAGGAGCUGCAGAACUUCCUGACCGUGUUGCAGAGGAGUAUUCUGCGGGACAAGGCCGUGGUGGAAGUCUUCAAGGGCAUGAUGACAGCUGCCAACCCGGUGCAAGGCAUCGUGGCGAACGCCAGCAAAGUGUACGCCAACGCCACCGCAAAGACCCAGAAGAUCUGGGGAGGGUAUUUGGAGGCCAUCAUGAAGGUCGGUCAGAUGCAGAUCCUCAGACAACAGAUCGCCCACGAGCUCAACUACUCCUGCAAAUUUGAUUCCAAGCACCUGGCCGCUGCCCUGGACAACAUCAACAAGUCCUUGCUGGCGGACAUCGAGGCCCACUACCAGGACCCGUCGCUGCCCUACCCCAAGGAGGACACCCUGCUGUACGAGAUCACCGCCUACCUGGAGGCGGCCGGCAUUCACAACCCACUCAACAAGAUCUAUAUCACCACCAAGCGCCUUCCUUACUUCCCCAUCGUCAACUUCCUGUUCGUCAUCGCCCAGCUGCCAAAACUACAGUACACCAAAAACAUUGGCAUGACCUGCAGGAAGCCCGCCGACCCGGUGGACUGGCCCCCCCUGGUUCUCGGCCUGCUCACGCUGCUGAAGCAGUUCCACUCCAGAUACACCGAACAGUUCUUGGCUCUCAUUGGUCAAUUCAUCCGGUCAAUCAUGGAACAGUGCACGAGUCAGAAGAUCCCUGACAUGCCGUCAGACGUGGUGGGGGCCCUGAUGCUCCUGGAAGACUACGUGAAGUACACCAAACUGCCACGCAAGGUGGCUGAAGCUCAUGUCCCCAGUUUCAUCUUCGAUGAGUUCAGGACUGUGCUGUGAAGUCCUCAAGAUUCGUCUUUUCAACGACAUCUGAUUGCAAACGAUUUAUGUUCUUUCUAUUGAUUUAUUUUUAUUUAUUUUUUAUUCCAUCUUUAUACAAUUAAUGCACUAAUACCAUACGGUAUAUUGAUGUACUACUUUGAAUAACCUGUCUUAUCAUGUCUUGUUGCCAACCGUUUGUCAAUUCACUUUGUGCCAUUGCCUAAUGAAAUUCAUUGUAUUUUAAUAAAAUAUUAUUUACAUGAUUAUUGGUUAUCCAUUAAUGUAGGCUAUACAUUUUAAAAACGUAUUGACAAACGUGUUUAGAUCUUUAGGUCCAUGUUUAUAUGAUGUAUAGGAUUGUCUGUGUUAAACGAUGGGAUUGUCUGUGUUAAACAUGAUCAUUUAGCAGAACCAAUAUAUUGUUACAAACAAUUAAAAAUAUAUAUUGUCCUCCGCCAUUGAACAAAUGAUAAGUCGUGUACCGUUAAUGUUAUGUCCAAUGUUAUGUCAGUACUAACUAAUGUAACAUCUGGACAACAAAUAACUCCUAAGCUGUGUUCGAAAUCGUUCCCUAACAUGGAUGUAGUGCACUAAAUAGGGUGCACGCCAUUUUGUAGGGUGUUCGAAUUCUCAGUGGUCCACUAUAUAGGGCACUGUGGACUUAUAAAAACAUACGAUGUACCCUACAUGUUACUCCCGUAUACCACAAUGC